AUGACGACAGUGACAAAUUCAACAUCUUCAUCGAAAGCUAAAAUUGUUAUCCCUGCGGCUGAUAGUAAAUCUAAUUCUACAUCGACAAGAAAGGAGACUUCCGAUAAAACUAAACCGGAAUUCAUUGUCCGAACCAAUUAUCCGGAAUCCAAUGCUCCAUUGGGUGUAUCGGUUUCGAAAUUUAACAGAAACCAUAUUGUGUCAUCGCAACAUCGUCUGUUAAUCAAAGGUGGUCAUGUCGUGAAUGAUGAUGGUACAUCACUUGCUGAUGUUUUCAUCGAAGAAGGGAUCAUCAAACAAGUUGGUCUCAAUUUAAUUAUACCUGGUGGAACGAAAACAAUCGAUGCUACGGGCAAACUCGUCAUGCCAGGCGGUAUCGAUACACACACUCAUCUUGAAUUGCACUUCAUGGGCACAAGAACAGCCGAUGAUUUCUAUACAGGCACUAAAGCAGCUAUUGCUGGUGGAACAACAACCAUUCUUGACUUCGUAAUUCCGAAGAAAGAACAAUCGUUAAUCGAAGCAUUUAAUCAAUGGCGUGAACGAGCCGAUACGAAAGUUUGUUGUGAUUACGGAUUACAUGUAGCGAUUACUAGUUGGAAUGAACAAGUUGGAAAAGAUAUGGAAAUACUUACGAAGGAGAAAGGUGUUAAUUCGUUCAAAGUCUUCAUGGCUUAUCCAGGCACAUUUAUGUUGGCAGAUGAUGAAAUUUAUCAGGUGUUUAAGAAAUGUCGUGAACUCGGCGCUAUUGCUAUGGUUCAUGCUGAAAAUGGUUCAGUUAUCAAAGAAUUAGAAAAAGAAAUGUCAACAUUGGGCGUAACAGGACCCGAAGGUCAUCUUCUUAGUCGUCCAGAAAAGGCAACUGAAGCGACAAAUCGAGCGAUAACAAUUGCAGAACAAACUCGUUGUCCUCUCUACGUCGUACAUGUGAUGAGUAAGACAGCAGCCGACAAAAUUCAAGAAGCUCGAUUGAAAGGUCAAAUUGUCUUCGGCGAACCGAUUGCGGCAAGUUUAGGCACGGAUGGUUCACAAUAUUUUCAUAAAUGUUGGCAACAUGCCGCUGCUCAUGUCAUGUCACCACCACUUCGCGACGAUGCAACAACUGCACCUUAUCUCAUGGAUCUCUUAGCAAAUGGUUCCUUGUCAACAACGGGUACUGAUCAUUGUACGUUCAAUGUGAAUCAAAAAGCACUUGGCAAAGAUGAUUUUCGUAAAAUCCCAAAUGGUGUCAAUGGUAUUGAAGAUCGUUUAGCAGUUAUCUGGACAAAAGGUGUUGAAACAGGCAAACUUGAUAUGAAUCAAUUUGUUGCUGUCACAAGUACGAAUGCUGCACGAAUUUUCAAUCUAUAUCCAAAGAAAGGUCGUAUUGCUGUUGGUUCUGAUGCUGAUUGCUUAAUUUGGGAUCCUCAAGCAACGAAGAUGAUUAGCGCAUCAUCUCAUCAUCAAGCAUGUGAUUUCAACAUCUUCGAAGGUUUACACUGCCGCGGUUUACCCAUUGUGACAAUUGUUGCCGGUAAAGUUGUCUAUGAAAAUGAACAAUUAAAUGUUAGUCAAGGCUCAGGAAAAUAUCUCGAAACCAUAUGUUUUACCGACUAUGUCUACCAAAAAUUGAACAAAAGAGAACAAAUUCAAGAACAAUCUUUUAAACAACGACGUAUUGAACGUGAACCUUACACAGGUGAUGUCAUAUCAACCAACCACCCAGUGACAAAUGGCGAUGCAAAAACCAGUCCUAAAAAUCAACCGAUUCCUGAAAUUCCAGCUGCUGGUUUUCAUAAUCGACCAGCAACACGUGCUGGAGGACGAAAUCUAUUUGAUUCAAGUUUUACCCUCUCAGGUGAACAAUGGGACGACGGAAAUCUUCGCAAAACGACUCGCGUUCAACAACCACCAGGUGGACAAUCCAAAGGUUUAUGGUGA